UCGCCGUUCGCAACUGGCAGGGAUUUUUGGAGCGCUAAAUUUCAAUUCAAAACAUUAUUAUUUCCGCUGUCCGUACAUAGGUAUACAUAAUUGUUAAAUUACUUUGCUAUAACAUUUAUCCCUUAGUAGAAUUACAAGUUCGUACAUAAUAUAAUAAUUAAUUAAAAUAUUAUCAACCAUUUAUCACACUUAACGAUACAUAGUGUUCACAAAUUGAUAUACACAUUAGAUAUGUAAUCAUUUAAUUUUAUCACAUAAAACCGAUUAUACAAAACGCCUCAUAUCCUCCGUAAUAACUUGAUUUCUUCAGUCGCAAAUAAAAUGUCAGUAUCUAUACAUCAAAAUGUUGUAUCGGGACCAGAAGAAGAGCCUAUCCCAGCGCAUUUAUCCUAUGGGCAAUUUCUAUUUGACAAAUUAAAAAGUGGCGGAGAUAAAAUUGCUCAAAUCUGUGCAGAGAGUGGUAGGUCAGUAUCAUUUAGAGAUAUUCUUCAAAACAGUGUUAAUUUGGCCACAGCUCUGCUAGAAAUUGGAUUGAAGAAAGGAGAUGUAGUGGCUCUGAGCUGUGAGAAUCGCUUUGAGUUUACUGUUACAUCUCUUGCUGUUCUCUACUGUGGUGGAACAUUAUCAACAUUAAAUGUUACUUAUUCUCCAGGUGAGAUAAGUCAUCUACUGGCAAUCACAAAACCAAAGUUCAUUUUUACUUCGCCAAUAACUGCACAAAAUGUUUAUGAUUGUUGUAAAGAUUUAGCACAUGUAGAAAAAUUGGUACUCUUUGGUGAAUAUGACGUUGUACCUGCUGUGUUCUAUAAUGACUUGGUCAAAAAGCAGAUAAAUAUAGAUGACUUCACCCUUGUUGAUGUGAAUGGUGCAGAAGAUGUAGCUGCUGUCAUGUGCUCCUCAGGCACCACAGGAUUGCCAAAAGGUGUUAUGUUGACCCAUGUUAAUUUUCUCACCUUGUCAGCUCAUAUGAAGUACUAUUUGGAGACUUCAAAGAAAAGAAAAAAGCAUGAAGUAAACACUGCUCUCUCACUAAUACCCUGGUUCCAUGCUUAUGGUUUUAUUACUACUUUAGCAAUCAUGUCUCUACAUAUUGAAGUGGUUUUCUUAAUGAGGUUUGAGGAAGAACAAUUCUUGGAAACCAUACAGAAGUAUAAGAUAAACAUGACCACAAUAGUUCCACCAUUAGCAGUUUUUCUGGCAAAACAUCCACUUGUGCUAAAGUAUGAUUUGACCUCACUGAACGAAGUGUGGUGUGGGGCCGCACCUCUGUCGCGGGAAAUUCAGUCGGCUAUUACUCAAAGGACUGGUAUUCAAUAUAUAAGACAAGGAUAUGGUCUUACGGAAGUCACAAUGGCAUGUUGUGUCGAUCUCACCAACGGAGAAAAAAUUGGCUCCUGUGGCACUCCUGCACCUGGCAUGAAGAUUAAGGUUGUCGACAUAGAAACUGGUCAGAAGUUGGGGCCGAACAAAGAAGGGGAGUUAUGGAUUAAGUCCCCACUACGUAUGAAGGGUUAUAUGGGAGACAGGGCCGCUAGUGAUGCUCUCAUUGACAGGGACGGAUAUGUACAAACUGGAGAUAUUGGAUAUUAUGACAAUGAUGGAUUUUUCUAUAUUGUUGACCGACUCAAGGAACUCAUCAAGUAUAAGGGAUUCCAGGUAGCACCUGCAGAGUUAGAGGCAUUACUCCUCCGUAUGAGCGGAAUAGCUGACUGCGGAGUUGUGGGUCUGCCCGAUGAGUUGGCUGGAGAGCUGCCCAUCGCCUUUGUUGUGCUGCAACCGAACGCUAAGCUGUCGGAGAGUGAUAUCGUCAAGUACAUCCACGAUAAGGUUUCACCUGCCAAACGACUGCGCGGUGGCGUUAUAUUCGUCGAUGAAAUUCCCAAGAAUCCAUCUGGCAAAAUAUUGCGACGGGAAUUACGGAAAAAGUUGUCAUCAGUUAAGAAGAGCAAGUUAUAAUAACUUGAGCCAAUAGACAAUAACUUUUUAAAUAUAAUGGGCCAGUAGAUUAUUGAAGGCAUUUAGGUUUAAAAUUAGAGAAAUGCAUUUGAACAAAAUUUAUAAAUAAUUGUAUUUUAUUUCAACAU